AUGUCGUCCGAAUCCAUCGAAAUACACCCUAUCCUUCUGCAUCCACCCAUAUACCAAUUAACCCUCACCACACGCGACCAGGCCAAUCUGGCAGCAAGCUUGCUGACCCCUCCCCUCGAGAUGCCGCUCUAUCGAGGAUGGUUGCCUGACCCGAUCAGAAAGAGAUACAUUCGUGACCUCGAAAAUUGGCGUGAGAAGCGGUAUUUCGAAGAGAUCGACUUCAUCCUUCGGUGUUGGGAUGACCCAACAGCCGGCACAUUCCUCGACGAUAUCGACGCUGACGAUAUUUAUCGUAUAAAAGGAGAAGGGAUGUUAGCCUACAGGGAUGGUUAUCAGCUUCGGAUCCUUAGUGGGAGUGGGAGAAAUAAGAUGUUUACAGGACUGCGCUAUGAAGAAUGGGAUGAGAAACAGGAGGGCCAGAGCCAGGCAACGGGAAAAGAAGGCAAUGAAGCAAGUAUACAGGACAAUCAGCAAGACGAGCCAACAAAAAGCUACGAAGAGCGUCAUCUGGAGGCCGUCGAGCACAUCACUGGGAGUGUCGAGGCGGGACUCGGAGAUAGCUGGUCCAUAGUCAACGAUACAGGCAAAACAUCGCGUCCUCCAAGCGCAGGACUGCCACCCGGUAUCUCCAGCGUGGAGGCGAGGAUGUUUGCGCGAGACCGGUAUAGCAUGUGGGCACGCCCUCUCCCCAACGACGCACCGAAUAUGGAUCCGAGCCAGGGACUCCCAGAUGCUCUCAGAUGCAUAUACGACCACAGGCGAAUCGACUGGAAGAAACCCGAGUUCAGCGGCCUUAUUCCUGAGUAUAUCAACGAGCGUGGCCGACGCGAGGUUGAACGUGGCUACAUAUGGGGCAUUCCCUACCACGCCUUCGAGACUACCAGAAGAAGGGUAGGCAUCUUCCCCGAAGACAAGAUCUAUCUGGAUUCGGGUCUGGAAUUUCUCCUCCGAGUCGAGCACUGGUAUCUAUCACAAUCGGACGAGGAAGUCCGACAGCUUGACCCUAAUGAUAUUCUGACGUGGAAACUACCACUGAUGUAUAUGCCACUGUUGCAGUCGUUUAUUGGUACUGUACUUUGA